UAGGACUAUACUCACCGAGAGCCUCGCGGGUCAUACACCGCCGAGAGUACGAGAGAGAGAAGCACCGGCCGCCACCGUCGCCGCCCGCCUACACCGCCGCUCGGGAGCCAUAUGGUGGCUGAGGAAGUUCGCCAGUACGUGAGGGACCUGUACGCAGAGCCGCUGGGGUUUGGGGACAACAGGGACGACGGAAAUUGCUCAUCGGAGUUUCUUCUCUCGCUGUUGAUCCGCUCCGCGCGUGGACCGCCCAAUCCCGUCUCCAUCCCGGUGAAGAGCAGGUACCACCAGAGGAGGACUACUACGACGAGUUCGACGAAAUCUAGGCCGUCGUCUCCCAGUCAACUAUGGCGCCGUGGAGAUAGUGUUUCUGAUCUAUUUUAUUAUUAUCGGUUAUUUUUGUAAGACAUUAUCAUUAUAUAAUAAAAUUUAUGACAUUCGUCUCG